AUGGGCAAGGGCAAGGGCAAGGGCAAGGGCAUGGGCAUGGGCAAGGGCAAGGGCAACGACAAGGCCCACACGGGCCGCAGGGUCCACAAGGGCAAGGGCAACAAGGGCCGCAAGGUCCGCAAGGUCCACAUGGCCCACAGGGGCCACAAGGUCCACAUGGCCCACAUGGGCCACAAGGACCACACGGGCCGCAGGGGCAAGGUCCACAAGGACCGCAAGGGCCGCAAGGCCCGCAAGGGCCGCAAGGACCACAAGGACCACAGGGGCCACAAGGGCAAGGACAGCACGGCCCGCAUGGUCCACACGGGCAUCCACAUGGACAUCCCUCCUUUUUCUUAUUAUCGGCAUAACUUCUUCGCAAACCGCAGAAAUCUCCACUGCACAGUAGCGCCGUACGUCCAUCAACAAACAGCCCAAACAGGGAAUUUGACGCGCCAGGCACUGCAAAGGAUUUCCAAGCUAUAA